AGCAACAACCUGCACCCAAAAAAAAAGUUUGAUUUUGGAACGGAACCUCAUAAGAUUAAUACUCCACGACCGCUGCGGUUUUUGCUCCUUAUUUCCUGGCGCCCCUUGCCAGUUUGUGUUUGUGAACUACCUAAAUCCAUCAAGAAGUAGAAGUAUAUACAGAAUGCAGUCGUUCGAGGUCCAGUCGGCGCAGCGGCAGAACGCAGGAGGAUCCAGCUCUUCCUCCCCUGCAACCGCGAUUGUCGCCGCUGCCGCUGGCUUCGCGAAGAAUCGACCGGUGACUACGUCUCUGUGGGCAAUAGGGCUCUUGGUGGCAGCUAUGGGAAAUGGGUUUUCAGUGACGAUGCAGCAAAUGGAAACUUACCAGGAAGCCAUGUCGCACGCCCACCACGUAACCGACCGGGAGUUAAGUCAUAUCAAAUGUAAAAAUGUCUGGGUCUGGAAGAAUGCCAAACUUGUCAUGCAGGUUUUCCAUGACCCCUGAGGUCUGGAAUGCGGGACCUAGCAUGACAGAGUCUGUGAGGUCUCUGCUAUGCCUAUCCUGCAUGAGAAACUCCCUCCCAACUUGGUCGAAAGUGGACAGCUUUUGGCACUCAUGCAACACAGAUUUUUGCAUUAUUCGGAAUUAGCAUGACAAGUUGCAAUCUUCCAGACCCAGACAUUUUUGCAAUCCAUAAGUCAGGCAAGACGACUAUUCCGCGAGGCCGACCAGCGAUAUUAUAACGCGAAGGGCUGGUUCUGGUCGUGCGACGCAACCUGCCAAAAGAUGUUGACGAAGAGAGAUUUAGCACAGGCGCAGCUCUACGAGGUAUAUUUUUGAGAAAUCUUCUACACUGUUUCGAUUUCUGGAGACCGAAUACGAUGACCUAACAAAGCACGUUAGGUUACACUCUCCAUUUCAUUUCUACAACGUUCUUCUUGAUAUGUGUUGGCGUGCCGUCAAAACAGGUAGAGACAAAACGCGACGGCCUGAUUCGCGAAGCCAGGCAAACGGUCGGGAUAUGGUCGACCAUCGGAGUCCAGGAAGUGCGCGAACGAUUUUGGCACGCAUGGGAGCAAGGGAAGGAGACCGCAAAACGGUGGACCAUGAUGGACGCAUUGUUCAUGGCGUUGCCGGGCGACAGGGAAAGAACAUUCGUGCAAGUCAUCCUCCAGCUGAUCUUUCAGUACAGAAUUUUUUUCGACACAUUUCACAAGUUCAAGUUUCGGCAUUUUUUGUCGAAUCGAUAUCGAGGCUAAAUCGGUUUGCCACUGCAGCUUUUUGACAGAUUCACUUUACCGUGAAAAAAAUUACUUGCAGGUACCUUACGAAUCUCACCGUCGGGAUGAUGUCCGCGAUGUUCAUUUUUCUGUGGCAAGUCGGUGUAAGAAAUGUAAAAGUGUCUGGGUCUGGAAGAUUGCAACUUGUCAUGCUAAACCUGAAGCAUGCAAAAAUCUGUAUUGCAUGAUUACCAAAAGUCGUCCAGUUUUGACCAAGUCGGGAGGGAGUUUCUCAUGCAGGAUAGGCAUGAGAAAGAUCGCACAGAAUCUCUCAUGCUAGGUCCUGCAUUCCCGACCUCAUGGGUCAUAGAAAAGCAGCAUGACAAAUCGCGCAUUCUUCCAGACCCAGACAUUUUUGCACUUGAUACGGUGCCCUUGUCUACAACUACGGCGAGAACUUCGUCAGUGGCACCGCCUUUUUUGGAUUGGUAUCUAUACUAGUAAGGAAAAUUCGAAAAUUUUACUAGUAGGCUGCGCUGCUAGUAAUCUUAUCGUGACAAGCAAGCAAAAAAACUACUAGUAAGGCUACUAGUAGAGAGUUUACUAGGAGAAAGCUCACUAGUAGAAAAAGAAAACUGCCUCGCGGGCCGGUUCGCCCCGAGCUUGCGCCAAACAGCCUGCCCGCGUUGCUUGGUUCCCUUGCCCCCUGUGGAGAAACUAGCGCCGAGCAACCCAUGCCUGUGUGGUAGCGCGAGGCGUGGCGCUCGUUCCCGGGAAAAGGGGGCGCAGCCGUAGGAUGGCGAAUCAGUACUGAGGACGGGUGGCGCGGCGCGUGCUGCUGAGCCCGCAGGUGCAGGCGAAUUGCCUUCGGCCUUGCCACGGUGCCGCGGACGAUGGUUUUGCGCUUUGUUUAGGCUACCCCGUGGCUUUGCCUCGCGGGGGAGGCCCCUCUUCGUGCGGAUGGCCCCGCCGCCCUGCACAGAGAAGCGGCGCCUUCUCUCGUUGCCCUAAAUGGUUACCACACACAGCGCGCCCAGUCUCCCUGUGCUGGCUGCACCUGCCUGGCUGGCCAGGUUUUUUGUCGCGCAGCUUCCGCAGCUGCGGCCCUGUGGGCUUCGUCGAAAGCAGCCCCACCGCCUUGGAGGCGUAACUAGAAAUAGAGCGGGGCGUAGCUAGAAUGACGAGCAGCCGCCCUUAAGGCUCGCACCUUGGGGGGAUGCUCGCAAAUUGGGAACACCCUGGAGGGCUCGUUCCCUCCCACGUUGGGCUCGCCCCGGGUGUUCUUUCUGUUUCCCGGCGCUUCUCCUGCUCCUGGGGCCUGCGGCGGGCUGCUGCCACGCCUUUGUCUUUCUCUAGGGGGCUCAGGCGGACGGAGAAGCCCUGCGCCUGUAGAGUUUUCGCCCCCAGGAGAAUCCCCUCCCCUUCCCCGCGAGGACUGCAACCUUCCUAGUAGGAAAUCGGGCCCAUCGUUUUCUUGCCUACUCCAUACCUUUCCGGCGGUCGCGGAGCGACCGCCCGCGCUAGAUACAACUACGGCGAGAACUUCGUCAGUGGCACCGCCUUUUUUGGAUUGGUACUUUCCACUUUCCACAUUGAAGAUGCUUGUCCUUGUGCUUCUUCCUGAUUGUUUUGUCAUAUAAGUUUUUUUCGAAUAAAUCUUCAACAGGUCGCUGUUUCCUGCAUCAGUGUCGUCACAACCUACCUUGUAUCAAGUGCAAAAGUGUCUGGGUCUGGAAGAAUGCAUGUUUGUCAUGCUUGUCUGGCAUGAUUCUUAAAUCUGUCAUGCACGUUACCCAAGACCUCCAUUUUUCUGUGAUGCAGAAACGCAGUUUGUCAUGCAGAAUAGGCAACACCUAGAAGCUCAGAAACUUGUCAUGCUGAGCCAGCAUUUGUUGCCUCAUCAUGAGACGCCACCCAGCAUCACAAGUUUCCAGCCCCAGACAUUUUUACAUUUGAUACCUUGGGCUCCUGGGCGGCGCGGUCGUUGGUGGCGUCACAUAUGUGGUGAACAAGGAGCAAGAGCGCCUUGCCGGGGGCGGGGAGAGGAGGCGCGUGCACGGUACGGGCGCCUCCGGAUACCGACGGCCACACGCGGAUUAAGAAUCCUCGUGCUUGCAAGAUCAUUGGGCCAUCAAUGUGUAAACUAGCAUCAUGGAAGAUUCGAGAAUCAGAAUUAUACGCACCCGCAUUUCCACCGAACCACACAACGAGACAUCCCAAUUACGACAUAGAUUCAACAUACUCGAACAAUCGCAGCGGUUAUUUCGAAGAAAAGCAAAGUGUAUUGAGUUCGCAACCCGUAGAAAGUAUUCGCUAUUGCAGUAGCGGUCGUGCUGUCGCACAGCUCGACAUUCUCG